GCUUUCCCUUUACCAUGUUUUACUGAAACAUUCUAGAGCUCUAAGACUCCAACAGAGAUGAAGGAGUUACCCGCAUUGCAGGAGUCUUCUGAUGCAGUCAAGUUAGGUGCAGGUGUUGAGCUGUGUCAUCAUACAGCUGAAGACUGCAGGCAGAUGGAGCAUUCCUUCCCAAGUUGUGUCAUGGAAGCUGUGAAGAUUGAGCCUCGUGAUGAGCAGCAAUCAAACUGUGACUUGGGGCUCCCAGCUGGCUUCCUUGAAGUGGAGAAAGAGGAACCUUUCUUCAUGGAAGAAGACAGUACUACAGUUACUGACUUCAAACCGUUCCAAAUUCCAUUCGUGGGCUUGGAUUCUCUCAAGGCCGAGCCUGUCGAGGCUGGGGCAUCUCCAUCGAUUCUCCAGGCUUCUCUCAAGGCCGAGCCUGUCGAGGCUGGGGCAUCUCCAUCGAUUCUCCAGGCUUCUCUCAAGGCCGAGCCUGUCGAGGUUGGGGCAUCUCCAUCGAUUAUCCAGGCUUCUCCUGCAAACCAAGAACUCCCAACAAGGGCAGGAAUCUUUACUGAUGUUCCAAAAGCCUCUGAGACUGCCUGCUUAGCAUCCACUACUCUGGAGGUGCACAAUUGUGGUGCUUCAAUGGCUCUUCCGCCUUCAGAAACUUCAACUUCCAAGGGCAAGAGUCAAACAAAUGAAAUGGAAAUCUCAUCCACUGAACAAGAAUCUGGUGAAGCUUGCUCGCCUAAUAACGGCCGCCUUUCUCCUACUUCAGCACCAUCAGUAAAUUGUAACGUUCUCAGCUACAAUGGAACGAGAACCAACCAGGCAACGCAGGAGGCUUCUUUCAAGGGGAAAGAGGCGCACAAUUCUCUGAAUUUCAAACGUUCUAAGCAUCUUUGCAUCAAAUUUAAAAAAUGCAGUGUACUACUGACUCGCAUUCAUGUUUCUGAAAAUUACAAAUUCGUUUGCAGUGAAGGAAAUGAAAAUAAUAUUUGCUCAGAAGAAAUAGCAUUUCUAGAGCCUCAUCCUAAGCAUGGGAGCAAAGAUUUAGAGCGACCUAAAAUGCGCAGUGAAAACUUGGGCAAAAGUGGAGAACCAAAUUCAAGUGAAGAAAAUGAGUUAAACUUUUGUAAAAAUACUGAUAGUGUGCGAAGGACAUCCCUCAAUCGUUCUAAGCGUCUAAAUGCUUCUAUGAGGGAGGUAAUUUCUUCCACAACCUCCCACGUACGUCGUAACAAAGAGAAGACUCUCAAGUGUCAUGUCUGUGCCGCAGCUUUCCGCUUUAAAUGGCAGCUAGUCCGACAUAUCAACGCAGUUCAUCUUAAAUUAAGGCCUCACAAGUGCUCUAAGUGCGAUUAUGCAUCCAGUGAAGUUACUUAUUUACAAACUCAUUUAAACUCAGCGCAUGCUGAGCUGAAGCAAUUCAAGUGCACAGUUUGUUGCAUUAAUUUUUCCUCUCCUGCGUUUCUACAACUUCACGUCAUUAAUGCCCAUUCUGCUGCUACUAAGUUUCAAUUGGAUAGCUAUUUUGCCGGCGCCGAUUUAAUGGUGAAAUAUUACAAGUGUUCUGACUGUACCUAUGCUGCUACUUCUAAGAACAAUCUCAACAGCCACAUAAAACACGUACAUCUGAAGAUAAAACCACAAAAAUGCGCUGUCCGUGCUUAUGCUGUCACAACUGAAAAUGUUAUUCGUGGUCACAUUGCAGUUGUCCAUCAGAAACUCAGGCUCUAUAAAUGUCAUGAAUGUGCCUACGCUACCGCCGUGAAGAGUAGGCUUACGCUCCAUAUAAAAGCCGUUCACUUGAAAAUAAAGCCAUUCAAGUGUGAUGAGUGCGACAGCUCCUUUUCUAUCAAAAGUAAUCUAACAGCUCACAUUUCCAGUGUACACCUCAAAGACAGGACGCACUCGUGCCCGCACUGUUCCUAUUCCUCGUGUUCAAAAGCAGGACUAGCUACGCAUAUCGCUAUCGUUCACUUGGAGCUGAAGCCUCACAAGUGUCCUCAAUGUGACUUCACUGGCAGCAGUAAAGGGAAUCUUGAUUAUCAUGUUAAUGCUGUUCAUUUAAAAUUACGACCUCAUAAGUGCCAGACGUGCAAGCGCGGGUUCUACCAGAAAGCUCACCUAGAACAGCACAUGAAAUUGGUGCACAUGAAUUUGAGGGAACACAAGUGUUCGCAGUGCGAUUACGCUGCAGGUUCUCGCGGGGAUCUCACAAGACAUGUAGAUGUGGUGCAUCUGAAAAUAAAGAAAUAUGAGUGCGGAGUUUGUGAGUACAGCGCCGCGAAGAAGUCUGGGCUUAUAAGCCAUGUUGCUCGUAAACACUGAAAAUCAAUUGGCUUCCACACCGAGUAUAAUUUUUACUGGCGUAUAAUUUUUUUUGCUUUUAUACACCGUGUGCACGAAAGUAAUUUCCUUUAUUUCUUCUCUACUGAAGGUAGCCAACAUCGAUACUGAUGAAUUUGCUAUACUUGUUGUAGUCGUUAUUAUUGUAUUAUGUAUGUAGUUAUAAUAUUACAUUUAGAGGUGAAUAAACCUGAGCUGGAUGGCGUCUGCUGUCAAAUGGUUUUAUUCGGAUAUGGUUCUGGGGAAAAAUGUCAUCUGGGGGUAUUGAGUCCAGCUGAAAGGAACGACACUGUAAAGGGUGGGACUUGCUGGUAUUCUGCAUGGAGCAGCUGACAGGGGAGGAGGAGGUGGCUAUAGGUUGUUGUGGAUCUUGUAAAGCAUGGUAGCCUAGCACGCCAUCUUCUGUCUCGCAACGUUGGCCAUGCACCAUAUCACGUUGGCCAUAAUCACAAGUGCGAAGUUUGUCAAUACCGCGCCGCUCGGAAAUCCCAUCAUGUGAAUGUCUCCACCAAACAUUGAAAAUUAGUAAUCUUCCCACUUUGAUUAUUGCUUGAAAAUCUUGCUUUUACUUGCUUGCUAUAAGAUUUUAUAGCAAUUGUAUUACAUAUAAUUAUAGAUUUAUAUAUUAGAUUUUAUUAUACGUUAUAUUUAAUCUUGGUUAAGGUUAUUUUUUACCUCGGGUAACGUUAUAUUUUACCUUGGUUAACGUUAUAUUCGUGUGUGGAUUGUAUUUACAUUCUGUUCUUCCUUUUUUUCUCUUAUUGCGGAAAAGUUUCAUGUCCGUCAAGCUGUCGACGCUGAUAAGGCCCUUCUUCUUCUGUAGUCGGGGUCAAGAUAAUGGACCUGGAGUCCAGCGCGCUUGUGUUCCUUCUGCCCCAAAUUGCUAGAUUUGCUUCUACACUCAUUUUGUGUUCAUUUUCAAAUAUAUGUGAUGCAUUCAUUAUGCAACCCUUUAUAUUGGUUGUAGCGAAAGACUUUUUGUCCGAGACAAGAAUGGUUAUAGGUGUUUUUUGCUUAGUUGAUUGUGCUGAAUCCACGCUAAUAAAUAGUUUUGCUCCACCA